GUAGUAGUAGUGGUUUAGCAGCAAAGCAUCUGUUAAAAACAAACCUGUCAAAGUUAUAAACUCCAUACAAGCUAGUGCAUCCGACUUAGCGUUUAAAUCAGGCACUUGUUGUUCAGACAGGAAUGGGUGACAUGAAGACGCCAGAUUUUGAUGACCUUUUGGCAGCAUUUGAUAUUCCAGAUAUUGAUGCUAAAGAAGCAAUUCAGUCUGAUUCAGGGGAUCCUGAUGCGAAUCACAGUGAAUCCGGUAGCAGUGGUACCAAAGAGAGAAGUGGUGGUUCAUCACAAAGGCCGUUAGAAAUCCGGGAAACUUCUCAUGACCCAUCUGUAGUUAGUGUUAUAGUAAAGAACAGCAUAUGUGCUGAUGUAUAUGAAAACAGGAGAGAUGAUGAAGAAAACACAGAGAGGCAAGUAACUGAUGUUCUGGAUGAAGCUGACAGAAGUAGAGCUGGGGGUCAGCUCUCUCCCCAGGUUGCACACAGCUUAAUGCCAAUGGACCCUCUCAUUCACAAUGGAUUCAAGGCUGUUUCAGGAGGGGUUGUUGAACACUCCCUGCUCUCCAGUCAAUCGCAAAUGCAACCGAAAGGCCAUUUGUGGUCCCCUUGUUCUCCUAAAAUAGCCAGAGAAGGUGAUGAGAGCAAUCAUGGCGAUGGUCCUGCCAACCCAUCUGCCAACUUUUCACCUCAUAUGCCUUUACCUGCUUCUUCCAUUUCUUGCACAAAUUUUAUUGGCCUGCCACCUCCCAAGGUUGAAAAAGAUGAAGUAGAACAUCCUCCACCUGCCUUCACUCCUCAAACUCAGCCUGUGAACAGCAGCCCAAGGACAGAGGUUAAUCAAAUGUUAUCUGAAGAUGAAGAGUCAGAACCAGACCUUGGAAGCCCUCCACUAAUGAUUCAAGAAAGUCCAGAUGUACAGAUGUCUUCACCUCUCAGGUUUCCAGGCAGACAUGGGUCAUCUGGAGAGCUUCAGCCUCCUCCGCCUUCCUCACCAUCUUUGCCUACAAGUAACACUCAAUCCAGAGACACCACUUCUGUUUCUCCACACGCAACUCCCUUGGUGUCCCAUCAGACGCCCCCACAGAGCAAUGACUCUACCGAAAAGAUGUACCCAUCCAUACCAGAGGUAUACCCAGAACACAUUAUUGAAGAAAGAGACUCUCCCGAGAGCCCUGAGCCAGAAAUGCCACUACAUCCACAGUGGAAAAGUUCAUCAUCAACCCCUGCACAGGAGCUAAAAGAGAAAGAACCUGUGCAGGACAAAACCUUGGAGGAUCCUGAAAAGGAGGAGCCUAUAGAGAAUUCAAGGAAUGGACAGGAGCAGAGUACAAGCAUCAGUGAAAAAGCUGAGAAAGAACAUAUGCUAGAACCAGAAGAAGAGCAACCCUCAGUCGUAGUGUCCAUACCGUCUGUCAAAAAUAGACCAGACUCUUCUGCAAUACCUUCCAGACCUCUUAAAGUUCGAAUCAAGACAGUUAAAACCCCCACCGGCAACAUCACACGCACUGUUACCAGAGUAGCUGCUAAAGGGGCUGCAGGAGGCCUCUCCAAGGGCCCUGAGGGCACUAAAAUUCCAAUAGGAGGUCGGAAAGGGGUCAGUCGGCCUAAGAGACCUGCAGCAGCCAUGUCCAGCCAGUCUCAGGAUUCAAAGGCUACAAUGCUUCCAGUGUCAACCCUACAGGAUGCCAGCUCAGCCAUGCUCUUUGCAGCCAGCAAGGCACAGAAAGUGGCCUCUGGCAUCACAAAGACAUCAACUUCACCAUCUGUUUCCUCUUCAUCCCCAUCCUCCUCUGCCAUCAAUAUUUGCUCGAUCGGUCAGAAAACAGUUGCUGUGCCUUCCAACAAGCCGGCAUCCAUUGUAAACAAUCCGGGAGCUGUGAUCUCCCGUAGCCAGUCGAGUCUGGUAGAGGCCUUUAACAAGAUUCUCAACAGUAAGAAUCCGUUGCCCAGCUACCAGCCAGACCUCUCCGUUCUGCCUCGUCCCGAAUGGGGCCUUGGAGUGCCUGCUUCUGGAUACCGUUGCCUGGAAUGUGGUGAUGCGUUUGCUUUGGAGCGCAGCCUGGCACGCCACUAUGACCGGCGCUCCUUGCGCAUCGAGGUGACCUGUAACCUCUGCGCGAAACGGUUGGCCUUCUUUAACAAGUGCAGCCUGCUGUUGCAUGCUCGUGAGCACAAGGAGAAAGGAUUGGUCAUGCAGUGCUCACACCUUGUCAUGAGACCUGUCAGUGUGGAACAGAUGAUUGGCCAACAGGAUACUGUACCCAUAGGUAUGCUUUCUCCAUCUCUGCUGCCCUCGCCUUCCUUGACUGGGUCCUUUGAUAAUUGGUGCCCAGAGUGUAAGAAUUCAUUUGGCUCAAAAGACAAACUAGCCACACACUUCCAGGAAUCAGAUCCGGGGGGCAUAGACACAUGCUGCAUGCAGUGCUCUCCUCCGAUGCCUCUGUGGAAUCCCUGCAGUGCUGCUGCCCACCAGAGACUCCACCAGAAGCUCCACCCUCUUGUAUGCCCAGAGUGUGGACUCAUCUGCAAGCAAAAUGGUCUUAACACGCAUGUGCGCCGAGCCUGCCUACAUUACACACGUCAGCUGGGACACAGGUGUCCCUGUUGUCAGCUGGUGUUCGGAGGUGUGAAUAGUCUGAACGCAGUCAAAAAUCACAUGCACACAGCUCAUUCUGAAGUCUUCCAUAAAUGCCCCUCCUGCCCAAUGGCCUUCAAAUCUGCUUCCAGUGCCGACACUCACUGUAGCACCCAGCACCCUCAGCUCUCAGAGAAAACCAAGCAAUCCAAGGAGAUAUAUAAAUGUGUGAUGUGCCGGACGGUUUUUACUCAGAAAGCCUUGCUCACCGUCCAUUUUGACACCCAUCUAGUGACGCAGAAGGUUAAUGUGUUUAAAUGUCCAGAUUGCCACAAGCUGUUUACACAGAGGACGUCCCUCCUGGAGCAUGUGAAGGCUUCACACAGGAAGUCAGCAGCUCAUCUGACUCAGAAGAGCUCACGGAAGAUGGAGAGCUCAGAUGGGGAGGAAUGGAGGAAAGAGGAAGAUGAGGAUGGAGAGGGAUAUCCUGGAGAGAAAGAGAGCUCUGCUGCUCCCAAUGCUCAGAAGUGGAGCUGUUCAGAGUGUCAGAUAAGCUACACAGACAAAGAGACCUACAUCACCCACAUGGCUAAACAGCACAGAAAGGAGCUGAAGCGGUUCCCUUGCACACUGUGUGAAGGCUCCUUCUCUUCCUCCUCAAGUUUGAGACGCCACAUCCGGGUCAAACACAAAGGCAUCAAGAGGUCUUUCUAUUGCCAGUUAUGCACCGGGAGCAAAAAGAGUUUCAGCAGUAAGCUGGUCCUAGAGAAACACAUUCAGAUUCAUCAUGGAGGACAACAAGCAGCAAACAGUCAAAAGUCACAGGUGACUUCUCGCUUCACUGACGCUGCUGACAGCUCCUCUGAACAAGAUGGCACCCUCACUACUGCGACUGCGGAAGAAAACAAUAACACUGAUCAUUACAGUUUGGCUCGAAACAGCAGAGGAGGAUCUGCUUUGGAGCAGGACCCCGAGGCUUUCCGUUGCAUGCCAUGCGGCUUCGUUUGUGAAGACAAGGAGGAGUUUCUACGCCAUAUUCAGUGUCACCGUGAAGAAGGCGGAAAGGGUGUGCAGUGUCAGCAGUGUGGGGCAUGCUUUGCAUCGGGUCCCUCCCUUGCUCGCCAUCGCUUUAUCAGUCAUCGAGUGCGAGAUGGAGAUGGAGAUGAGCAGCGUGAGAAUACAAGCCACGAUGCUUUGGAUGGGGUGGAGUCUCCGGGGUCACCGACUCUGGCAGAGGAUGGGGACGGCAAGCUAAGCUGCAAAGUCUGCGGACGUCACUUCACCAAAGCUGCUGACCUUAACACACAUUUCCGCACUCAUGGCAUGGCUUUUAUCAACGCCUACAAAGCCGAGAAGCCGGCCUGAGAAAGAGGAAGUGCAUAAAGCCGAUAAUGCUGAAAAUGUGAAGUCCUGCUGUGUGUAAACUAUACACUCAUCUUAUGUGCCUUAAUUACUCUGCAUUCACAAUAACAAUGUGAGUUGCGUAUGUAUUAACCCUCCUUGAACAUUUCCAGAGUUUGUAGUGUUACAACCUGAACCUGAAUUGGUUUUGAUUGGAGUUAUAAACGUUAGUAUGUAUGUAUGUGUGUGUAUAUGUAUAUACAUAUACAUACAUACAUACAUACAUACAUACAUACAUACAUACAUAUGCACACACACAAAUAAAGAGAGGGAUAUAAUGUUAAAUCAGUUAAACACCUCUGUUAAAAUGGCAGGUUUUUGUGGUGUUUUAUAAGGAAACCAAACCACCCUCAAUUUGACGUUACAUAAUAUAAAAAUUAAGUGAAAUACAAUCAGAAAUAUUUUAAGAGAAAAAUAGGAAAAAUCGAAAAACAUGGUCCCCAAAGAGCUUAUAAAUCAUGCUGUCUCACUUGUUGAAAUCAGUACAAUCAUGAGAGGAGUGUAAAACAUUCCCAAAACAUUGAAUGGACCAUGGAUCACUGAUAAAGGCCAUCAUCAAAUACAGUAUUUGUAAAUAUGCAAUUUAAAAUAUUUUAAAAUGUAAGAUUUUUAGACUACUAUAUGUAUGUAUGUAUGUAUAUAGUUCCCUCUGAAAGUAUUGCAACAACAAGGCCAGUUCUUUUGUUUUUGCCUAGAUGUGUUAAACAACAUGGCACCUUUUGUCUGAACCCACCCCUUGUUUAGCGGAGCAAAUAAUUGGACCAUGAAGUGUUUCUUUUUUGCCCAAGUGUGUCCUGUUAGAUAAACUGUUUAAACAGUUAAUAGCCCUUAAUGUUUAAUCUUAUUUUACUUUCUGAACCCUGAGGUUUCACUUUCACUGAGCAGGUAAACACUGCUUUUUGUUUAAAAUGAUAAACCAGCAUGAAGAACAGAGGGCUGUCUAUGGGAGAAGAUCAAGUCAUUAUGAAAAUAAGAAAAGAGUCUCUCAGAGCCACUGCACAUGCAUUGCACAUGCAUUGCACACAGCCAAUACAGUGUAUAGCAAAAACAAAAAGAGAUGGCAUGCAAUUCCAAUACUUUCAGAGUGGACUGUGUUCAUGUUUAAUAUACACAGAUAAGGCAUAACAUUAUAACCACCUGCCUAAUAUUGUGUUGGUCCCCAUUUUGCUGCCAAAACAGUCCUGACCCAUCGAGGCAUUGGACUCCACUAGAUCCAUGAAGGUGUGCUGUGGUAUCUGGCACAUCUGGCAAGAUGUUAGCAGCAGAUCCUUUAAGUCCUGUAAGUUGCGAGGUGGGGCCUCCAUGGGCCAACUUACAGGACUUAAAGGAUACUUUUGAUGGAUACUGACCACUGCAGACUGGGAACACCCCACAAGAGCUGCAGUUUUGGAGAUGCUCUGAUCCAGUGGUCUAGCCAUCACAAUUUGGCCCUUGUCAAUCUCGCUCAAAUCCUUACGCUUGUCCAUUUUUCCUGCUUCUAACAGAUAAACUUUGAGGACAAAAUGUUCACUUGCUGCCUAAUAUAUCCCACCCACUAACAGGUGCCAUGUUGAGAUGAUAUAUUCACGUCAUCUGUCAGUGGUUAUAAUGUUAUGCCUGAUCGGUGUAUUUACUUUGUCCUGGCUUUGGCUUGAUUGCUCAGUGGUUUUCAUGAUGCGAUUUGUUUGAGGUGUGUUCUCUAACAAACUCUUUCAGGAAUCUGGGGUCUUCCAGGAACAAUGGAAAUAUAUUAAAAUCAUGUUUCCCUGCACACAGGUGGACUUCAUUCAUCUAACUAUGUGAUACAUCAAGUGUGGUACAAUCUAAAGACUAUUUUUUAAACAGUACUUCAUUAUCAUGGGCUUUUAUGUGUAAAUCCCUUACAUAUAUUCCUCAGGAAGUCCAUUUCAGGUCCUGGUUGUAACACUACAAAAUGUAGAAAAGUUUAACAAGGCUGAAUACCUAUGCAAGGCACUGGCUGUAGGUUUCCAACAGUACUCUGAGAGAAUUUGUUAUUCAGCACUUGAUGGGUUUGUUGGAGUAGUUCUUUCUGAAUGUUCGAUUUGAGGGAUUCGGGCUACAUGGCAAAUCGGAGGCUUACCUCAAAUUUUACAGGGCCGGCUUCAGGCUCAUUUUCUGUGCAGGUUUUAGACUGAAUUAAACUUGACCUUCAGUUCUUUUAGUUAAGCCCUUGCACUCACCUGAGCCUUAGCUGUUCAUAUUUACACAUGCCUUGUUCCCUGUUAAUAAGCAUUGUGUAUUUUAAUGUUAAUACAAUGACAAACCCCUGUAUAACAUGAGCUUAUGUCACAAUUUAUCUAAUCCUAAUGAGUUACACCGUUUAUUGCUGAGUUUGUGUUUAGUUGUCAUUAUGUCAGUCUAGAAGGUUUAAUAUUAAGAUAUAUAUUCAUCCUAGUAGACUUUACUAUGAGCAUUUAAAAUGGUUGCCUUUUUGUCAAGUCAAUUCUAAAAGACUUUACUAAUGUGCAUUUACUAAUUUUAUAUGUUGAAGCCAUAGAAGAAUUACUCUGGGAUUCUGUUCUGUGUGAACCAAGAAAAAGCUUUAAAAUGCAGUUGUGUGUGCGCGUUUGUGAGUGCAUGUGCAUGUGCCUGUGUGUGUGUGUGUGUGUGUGUGUGUGUGUGUGUGUGUGUGUGUGAGAGAGAGGAAGAAAUAUAGGAAAAGGGGAGAUAAAGACUAAUGUAAGUAAAUGUUUGUGUUAUUAGGACGUGGCCUAGACCAAAUAUUCCCUCUGUGAUGCUACUGUCAUUAUGUUAACACCAUUUAUUAAUGGGCUUUUUGGGCUCCUUGAAGUGCUACAGACAGGAAAUGUUAUACAAUGGGCAAUUGGUCUUCAUGAAAAUUGUUUCAAUUUACACAUAAGAAGAAUAAGUAAAGUAAACCUUGCCUUGAUUGAUGUCAUAAUUUUAAUAGACUACUGAAUGAUUUAUAGAUGUGCUUUAGAGUCUUGAAACACAUCCUUGUGACCGGGCAGUAGGUCCAGGAUUAAUAAUAUACAAUCGAGAAAACUUUUUGAAAUCCAUUUGUAUAAUUUGCAUUCAUUAGAGAAUAUGAAAAAUUAAGAAAGUGAGUCAAGACAAAUGUAUUAAUCAGGACUAAUAAAACUAAUAUCAUUUAGUCAUAGCAAAAGAUAUUGCGCUGUAUGAAUGGAGGACGGGUCACGGUCUGUCUGCGCAGAGCCGUAAGCCACAAUCAAGUGAGGCAGCUGACUGAAGGUUAAAGUCAUGCUAAUGUGAUCAGAUGUUUAAAAACUGUUUUUUUUUUUCUUUCCUUUUCCAGAAGGUUGAAGAGUGGGUUAAAAUAAUGUCCGUGUUUGUUUUCAGCUUGUUUUUGCUGCCCAUGUAGAUCUCAGUCUUGUUUAUUACAGUCCUUAUUUCUUGACUGAUGAAAUAUAUUUACAUAUAACUACAUUUAAUACUCCCCAACAACCCUGUUUGAGGAUUUAAUG